AUGGCUGCAGAAAACACUCUCGAUAGCAGUGCCGCUACGGAUCCCGGAGAGAGCACACCAACGACAUUUCACGGCCGGUCACGCCUACCUGCUCAGCUCAAGCUCGAAAUUCUUUCACACCACGUCCCCGUUGCUCAAGAGAUCACUUGGAGCAACCAUAGGGAACAGCUUCGACCUACGCUUAGCAAGAUCUUUCAGACAUGCAAUCGUGAAUUAGUGACCUUGUGCCUGGACAUAUACUACUCGAUGAACACUUUCCUUGCCUCUUGCCUGCGUCCCAAAAGCCGCAAAUUCGAUACGUCUCCACCACCCACAUAUGGCUAUCUCAUUCGCAGCCUCGAAACACGAUUUUACAUCUCUUGGGAUCCAAGCAUCGCCUCCUAUACCACUAGCCCGUUUCUCAGGCUCUUAUUUCACGACCAGAAAUAUACGGGAACACACUCUAGCCUGACGUGGCAGGAGAAUUUCCCGAACUUAAAAGAAUUGAAGUUGAUCAUUGUUUUCAUUUCAAAUGGGAAGAUUUACUGGAAAGAUGAAUGCAGCUCAUGUUGGUUUGUUCCAGCACACUAUGAUGGAUUGAGAAACUGGCUCAAAACAACGGAGAUUAGGCUGAAGGGUCAGAAUGUGACGGUCAGGCUGGUGUUCAACUCCAGGUGUGAUUGCCAAUGUGGCAAGUCAACCGAGCUCCUUAUCAAGAACAUGGCUACCAGGAAUAAUUCCGUUUAA